CAAACUUUUCCGCCCUGGGCUCGCGAUCCUGGACUCUGGGGCCUCCCUGCCCGCCCCUUUCCCCGGUUCCCUCUGGAGCCUCGCUCUGGACUAGCAGUCCUCCUCCCCGCGUCCCUCUUUCUCUCGCCAGCCUUUCUGGGGAGGGGCUCUCCACGCUCCGGGGAGUUUCCAAGGGUCGCCAGCGCCGCGCUUGCCUUUCUAUUUCGCCUUCACCUGGAUAUAAUUUCCAAGCGAAGCUGUCCCCAGGAUGACCACGCUGGCCGGAGCUGUGCCCAGGAUGAUGCGGCCGGGCCCGGGGCAGAACUACCCGCGCAGCGGCUUCCCUCUGGAAGUGUCCACUCCCCUCGGCCAGGGCCGUGUCAACCAGCUUGGCGGCGUGUUCAUCAACGGCAGGCCGCUACCCAACCACAUCCGCCACAAGAUCGUGGAGAUGGCCCACCACGGAAUCCGGCCCUGUGUCAUCUCCCGCCAGUUGCGUGUGUCCCACGGCUGCGUCUCUAAGAUCCUGUGCAGGUACCAGGAGACUGGCUCCAUCCGUCCUGGUGCCAUUGGCGGCAGCAAGCCCAAGCAGGUGACAACGCCUGACGUGGAGAAGAAAAUUGAGGAAUACAAAAGAGAGAACCCGGGCAUGUUCAGCUGGGAAAUUCGAGACAAAUUACUUAAGGACGCUGUCUGUGAUCGAAACACUGUGCCCUCAGUGAGUUCCAUCAGCCGCAUCCUGAGGAGUAAAUUCGGGAAAGGCGAAGAGGAGGAGGCUGACCUGGACAGGAAGGAGGCCGAGGAGAGUGAGAAGAAGGCGAAACACAGCAUCGACGGCAUCCUGAGCGAGCGAGCCUCAGCACCCCAAUCCGAUGAAGGCUCUGACAUUGACUCUGAACCGGAUUUGCCACUAAAGAGAAAACAGCGCAGGAGCCGAACCACUUUCACAGCAGAACAGCUUGAAGAACUGGAACGAGCUUUUGAGAGGACCCACUACCCUGAUAUUUAUACCAGGGAGGAACUGGCACAGAGGGCGAAGCUCACGGAGGCCCGAGUCCAGGUUUGGUUUAGCAACCGCCGUGCGAGAUGGAGGAAGCAAGCUGGGGCCAAUCAACUCAUGGCUUUCAACCAUCUCAUUCCGGGGGGGUUCCCUCCCCCCGCCAUGCCGACCCUGCCAACAUACCAGCUGUCGGAGACAUCUUACCAGCCCACAGCUAUUCCGCAAGCCGUCUCGGAUCCCAGCAGCACUGUUCACAGACCUCAGCCGCUUCCUCCGAGCACCGUCCACCAAAGCACUAUUCCUUCAAACCCAGACAGCAGCUCUGCCUACUGCCUCCCCAGCACCAGGCAUGGAUUUUCCAGCUAUACAGACAGCUUUGUGCCUCCGUCUGGGCCCUCCAACCCCAUGAACCCCGCCAUUGGCAAUGGCCUUUCACCUCAGGUAAUGGGACUCCUGACCAACCACGGUGGCGUGCCCCAUCAGCCCCAGACCGACUAUGCUCUCUCCCCUCUCACCGGGGGCCUGGAACCUACCACCACGGUGUCGGCCAGCUGCAGUCAGAGACUAGACCAUAUGAAGAGCUUGGACAGUCUGCCAACAUCUCAGUCCUACUGUCCACCCACCUAUACCACCACGGGCUACAGUAUGGACCCUGUCACAGGCUACCAAUAUGGGCAGUACGGACAAAGUGCCUUUCAUUAUCUCAAGCCCGAUAUCGCAUAAGUGAACUGUCCACCUGGAGCUAAAACUGGCCCUGUUUCCGGUCUCCACAGCCUACACGUGAAGAAUCUUCUCGGGGAAAAAAAAAAAAAAAAAAAAAAAUCAUCUUUUUGGGGGGCAGUCUCACCGGAAGGCGGAGAAGAGUGAUUGGUUUUUUUUCCUCCAGUAGUUGGUUUCAAGUUCUUUUGAGCAUAUUGGACAGAAGCAGCGGAGGAAAGGAAGGCCUGGAACAGUGAAAAGACAAAUGCAACAUUUUAAGGCGAUGAUUUAACAUGGCUACACGUCAAAUACCCCAACUCUUUGGUGCUGAUGAUCGAGGCGCGAGAACAUUCCGUUUGUGUGCGCGUGCGCGUGCGCGCGUGCGAGAUGUAUCUGGACUGGUUCAGCGAGCAGAAUGUUCCAGACUAUAGUCGGAGCGGACUCUCAAGUGUAACACGUUUGACGUUCAAUGCUCACACACCAUUUCAAAACCGCUCACGUGAUGAAGCGGGAGCGGAGGAAUCCUUGGCUCUUUUACACACUGGAAAUUGAUACGAAAAGAAACGGCACCAUGUUUUAGGAAGCUAGACUAGCUGUAAAGGACCUCCCCAAUAAAUUAUUUGUGAUCUCAUCCUCCUUCGUAACCCGGUUGUCAAUAAAUGUCGCGGGGCGGACGGCCUUGCCAACAGGACGUGGGAUACUGGGAAGAAAAAGCUUGCUUUCUUCCUCGGUGUGGGGAGCGGCGAGCGACAUCUGCGCGGUUCAUUUUCA